UGGACCUCGAAGCCACUUCCACUGCAAUGUGUCAUUGUUCCCCUCUUAUCAGGGACUGAUUUAGACUUGGAACAACAGGUGUGUGCAAUUAAUUAUCAGGUAGAACAGAAGUCCAGAAGGCUCCGGACAGAGUUCAGUACCCCUGGUCUAGACUCUAGAGUAAAAGUUUGAUAAAAUAACAUGAAUUCAAUAAAAAAUCACCAUUUAACAGAACACAUUUCUGUGGGCAAACUAUCCACCUGUGCCCCAGCAGCAGAGAAAGGGUUAGUGUAGAAGGGCUAGCUUGUUGGGCUGGCUGGAGCCCCCUACUUGCAGUGAGACGACCAAUUAAUGCAGGAAAACACCUGCUAAUGAGACGCUUGGCAUUCAACUAUGAGGCAGGCACUGUGCCCCCUGCUGUUGUCUGGCAACCCUGCAAGCCCUGCUGGAGAUACUGACAAUCCAUGCAGUACUAUGAGUUACUGGAAGCUUACUGUAACUGCCCUUUGAGAGAUUUCACUUCACAUUCUAUAUCAGACUGUCAGGAUCACUAGCCGCACAAUGAAUUAUGAUAAUAGGCUAGCUAUAUGGUAUUAAACAUUCCGUAUUACACUCCAUCAAGAGUAUUUUAAGAUAACGAUGAUAUUCUCUCCCUUCAAUCCCAACAGAUAAAAUGUGUAGAGUCUGAUACGAAGCUUCCUCUCUUGUGUAAUCUUGCAGGUACAUAUUUGUUGAGGGAGUAUGUGGGAAAACAACCACUGGGCAUAUCUCUCAUGACACCGGUCCUGCCUAAGGCUCUUGGUUACACGCAGAUCACUGGCUUAAAUAAUUAAAUCUAAUAAGCAUUGCCCAAAUUUGCAAGAAAAAUUAUGAGAAAAAAAGUACAACCUUUACAACAAAAUUACAAUCUCUUUUCCAAAGAACGAUCUAGUUGUCUGAGGUAAACCGAUCAAAUGCUAGUCUAAUUGAUGACAAGCAAAUGAUAAAGAAAGGAAGGUCACACCCCACGUCGCCUGCUACUACUGUUGCAUUGAGCCCAACAUGGGGGUAGAAAGACAGCUAAUUAUAAGAGGAGGCAACCUAUUCAAGCACUCCUCCCCAUCUUACCCCCUAAUCUCUCUCCAUUUGGAACUCUAAGUGGGUGGAGUGUGCCUUGUUCAACUAUCACACCUCAACUGUAGAGCCCUGGAACUACCAACCCGUCUGUCUUGUUUUUGCGUUGGACCAGGCUGAGGUACAGCGAGAGGAAGCAGGAUGUCCAAUAACAUGGCUAAGAUUGCAGAUGCUCGCAAGACAGUGGAACAGCUGAAACUGGAGGUCAACAUUGAAAGAAUGAUGGUGUCCAAAGCAGCAGCUGAUCUAAUGGCCUUCUGUGAGGCUCAUGCCAAGGAGGACCCGCUGGUGACACCAGUGCCAUCCUCUGAGAACCCCUUUCGGGAGAAGAAAUUCUUCUGUGCAAUACUCUGAUCCCCACACUUAUAACCCCAAGUUUUGUGUCAUUAUUAGCAAUAAUUAAUUGCCAGUUCUAAGGAAUAAAUCUGAUAGUAACAGUGAAGAACAAUUGAAUAUGUUGGUUUUGGUAUGCCUAGUCAGGGUGAUGAUUUUGUAUUUAAAAACCUGUAUAGUAAAUGCUUUAAAUAUUUAUCUGGAUUGAUCUGAUUGACUGAAAUAAACAUUAUCGAAUUUCA